AUGACGUGGAAAUGUUCCACGUUGCAUGCUUAUAAAGCACAACCAAGUGAUGCCGUUCUUAAGCUGCUUGGACUACCGAACACCACACCCACUUCCAUGGCCACAAGAGAGAGCAACUGGGCGGUGAAGAUUAGAGACCAGCCCAUGGCCACCGAAGAGAGAAGCUGGGCGCUGGAGAUCGAUGACCAAACCGAGAACACGGGUAAUUCAGCCAAGAAGCAGCAAAGCCCGAAGCCAUCCAUAUACAGAGUUCCUGCUUACAUCAGAAGGUUGAAAUGCCAUGCCUACAAGCCACAGAUCGUCUCCUUUGGGCCAUACCACCAUGGUGACCCCAACGUCAUGCCGAUGGAGGAGCACAAGGAUCGGGCCCUCACCCACUUCCUCAAGAGAGCCAAUAAGUCUCUCCAAGACGUCAGGACCGCAAUGGCGGAGGUCGUGCAGCAGCUACGGGGCGCUUAUCAGAGCCUCGACGGGAAGUGGGCGGGGGACGAGAGGUUCCUGCAUCUGAUGAUCCUUGACGGGUGCUUCAUGCUCGAGAUAAUUCGUGUCGCGACCAAGAAGCCCGAUGACGGUGGCUACGAAAUGGAUGAACCCAUCUUUAGCGACCACGGGAAUCUGUACACCGUGCCCUGCAUAUAG